AUGAGAUUCUCCCUCGUCGCAUUGGCGGCUCUGGCCUCCACCGUCGUCGCCGACCUGGCUUCGAUCCAGGCCGCGCUGAACGACGUCUCCGAGAGCGUGACCGAGACCAAGGCCAAGCUCGACGCCUGGAAGGGCGACCUACUCGGCACGCUGCCCAUCGUGGCCGGGUCGGCCGAGCUCGUCAUUACCCUCGAGAUCAACACGCUCAAGAUCAAGAAGUCGGCCAACCUCACCGAGGACGAGGCCCUGCAGGUCUCCGAGACCACCGCCAACCUCAUCUCAAACACCCUACCCGUCCUCGACGAGCUUGCCGCCCUCCGCCCCAAGUUCGACAAGCUACUCCUCCGCCCCGUCAUCUACCUGGGCCUGCUCACGCAGAAGUCGGCGACCCUCGACCUCAGCGCCGCCGUGGUGUCCAAGCUGCCAGACGUCUUUGCCGAGAUUGGCGAGGCGCUCAUCGCCGAGUUGUCUGCUGCCUUUGAUGUUGUCAUCACGCAGUACAAGCCAUUUUGA